AUAGUUUAUAAUUAUAUCCGUGCAGAGACCACCGCUCGUCCCGAACAUUGCGCGACCCGUAGCAGAUAAUAGAAGAAUACAUUAUUAUUCCGCCUUAUCUACGCGGUCGGAGAUAAAUAACUGCUGUGGCCGUUUACACGAUAACAACAGAAAAGAUAACGCGAGAAUUGCGCAUGAAAAGCUUUUCAAAUGUGCCAUCGUAAUUCACGAUGUGCAAUACGCGUACCGAGUGACAUAGAACAUCUGUAGGUACCCAGAGCGGCUGUUACGGAUACCCUAUUGUUUCGUUCCGUUUUCGGUUUAAUACAGUCGUUGUAGAAAUUAUGCGAUUCAACCACAAGGAAAUGGUCCAUGUCAGCCAUUCAAAUCCGGUUUUCGAAGGACGAAUGUCUUACGCAAAGCUAUCCAACGGACAUCCUUCUAAAGGUUUCAAAGAAAGAUGGUUUCGACUUAAGUACAACCUUUUAUUUUACUUUAAAAUAAAUGGCUUUGGGCAAGUUGAUUUACAUCAGCCAGCUGGUGUUUUUGUUUUGGAGAAUUCUAUUGUAAGGCUUGAGAGUAAUAUGCCAGGAACAUUAUUUUCGUUUUCUCUUUCAUUUAAAGAUGAACCCACUAAAAAGUAUAUUAUAUCAAGUCAAUCUGAAGAACAUGUUCAUCAGUGGAUUAAAAAUAUUCAAUGUUCAACGUAUGAAUACAUGAGAUCUCAAAUGUCAUCUAUACAAAAUAAAAUCUUGAAGCUAAGUGGAAGAGACCCGUUGUUAAUGUACCCGGAAGAAGGGAAAAAGAUUGGUCGGACGAAAAAUGUAGUCGAAGAAAACGACAGUGAUUUUUAUUACAAGAGAGCGCCAUCGCCGCCUCAUCCACCUCCCAGACACAAGCAGGAUCCAGGAAAUAUGAGUCAUAUGAAUUUAAUCGAAUUGUAAGGUAUGCUUGCACCGUGUGUAUGUUUGUUCUGUUGAGAAGGCUGAGCAGUGUUUUACAUCACAUAAUAGACGCGCCUGCCAGCCAGUCGCGAUUUCGUGAUUCCCGUUUUAAAUGCACUACAAUAUAGGACCACCGUAAUCCUAUGAAUAUAUAUUGUACAUAUAUUUGGGGUUCGAAGUAUACAACUGAAAUGUAUUCACUUCCGGAAAACAUUUCUUCCGCGUAUCCCUUAACAGAUUCCUAUUCGCAUUUAAUCCGUGUAACCCGUACGGUUUCAAUCAUUUUGUUGGCACAAUGUCGUAAACGAAGCGAUCAUCAACAAUUACGUAGUGCUAAAUCUGUCGAUCAUAUGCGAUUUGCUCGUGUGUGUUCGUGUUCGCAUGCAAUACUUUUAAUUUCACAUGGCGAUAUUGUUAUUGAUUUUCCGAUGUACUAUUAUUAUUUUUAUAUUCAUAAGUAUUAUCUAAUAUUAUAUAUUUGUAAGCAGGGAGAAGCUAUAAUUUUUUUUGUAACAGUAUAUUCCUUUAUAUAUAUAUAUAUGGAAUAUAACAAGUAUAAGUAUGCUCUUACUACGUUGCAAUUUAUUUAUCAGAUGCGACCAGACUGAAAACUCAGCAAUUGUGUGUUUAUAUAAUAAAUAUUUUUCUACAACUA